UAGAAUGAAUACGUAAUAGGCCUUGUUUCCACACGAUGACCCAUCUCUUAUCCAGCAUGUUACAUUGGCGCUAUUUUCCUCUGUUCUAUUCCAACUUGACGUCAUUUGAAGCCAACGCUCUCUCAAUUUUCAUCUACUUUCCUUCCUCAGUGGCAAUCAGGUUAAAAUUAGAGCGCCCACAACAUUAUGGCAUUUGCUACACAUUCCAUCUGUUUUCCCUAUAAAGAAAGCAUCAGUGAGCCAUGUGGCAGAUCUGGACUUACUAUUAAAGAAAGAUUUCUAAAGAAGAGGGUGGUCUAUUUUUGUGGCGAAGCUGUGGUGAAAAUUAGGUCUGGUAACAGAAAGUCGAUAUACUCCAAGUUUAUAAGGUCUUAUACCUAUGACCUCAGCUCAAGAUGUUCAUAUCUGCUCACAGGCAGAAGAGAGAGAGUUUCUUCAAAGUCAAGUACUAAUACAAGAACAACUGAGGCAAAAGAGGCAUUUGAAUUUAUGGUACAAGCUCUGUCAAAUACUCUGAAUGAAUGGAGCCAGUUACAAUUGAUGAAAGUUGCCAGUGUAUUUGCGUGCAUGUUUUUGCUCAUUCCAUCAGCUAGCGCUGUUGAUGCUCUCAAAACAUGUACUUGCUUAUUGAGGGAGUGCAGGCUGGAACUUGCUAAGUGCAUUGCUAACCCAUCAUGUGCUGCUGAUAUUGCUUGCCUACAGACCUGCAACAAUAGGCCUGAUGAGACAGAAUGCCAGAUUAAAUGUGGGGACCUGUUUGAAAAUAGUGUUGUUGAUGAAUUCAAUGAGUGUGCUGUCUCAAGAAAGAAGUGUGUUCCUAAGAAAUCUGAUGUAGGAGAAUUUCCUGUGCCUGACCCUUCUGUUCUUGUUAAAAAUUUUAACAUGGCAGAUUUCACUGGGAAGUGGUUUAUUUCUAGCGGCUUAAAUCCCUCCUUUGAUACUUUUGACUGCCAAUUGCAUGAAUUCCACACAGAAUCCAAUAAACUGGUUGGAAAUCUAUCUUGGAGAAUACGAACCCCAGAUGGUGGUUUUAUCACUCGAUCAACUAUGCAGAGAUUUUUUCAAGAUCCAGUUCAUCCUGGGAUACUCUUUAAUCAUGAUAAUGAAUAUCUUCACUAUCAAGAUGACUGGUAUAUAUUGUCUUCCAAGAUUGAGAAUAGUCCAGAUGACUAUGCAUUUGUGUACUAUCGAGGCAGCAAUGAUGCAUGGGACGGAUAUGGUGGUGCUGUAGUCUACACGAGAAGUUCAGUUUUGCCUGAAACCAUUGUUCCUGAACUUGAAAAGGCGGCCAAAAGUGUAGGACGAGACUUUAACAAGUUUAUCAAAACCAACAACACUUGUGGACCAGAGCCUCCCCUAGUGGAAAGACUGGAAAAAACAGUGGAAGAAGGGGAGAAAGCCAUCAUAAGAGAGGUCGAAGAGAUAGAAGGUCAGGUAGAGAAGGUUGGGAAAGCUGAAAUGACUUUGUUCCAGAGGUUAGCAGAAGGGUUCAAAGUGCUUCAACAAGAUGAGGAAAACUUCUUAAGAGAACUAAAUAAAGAAGAGAAGGAUCUACUGAACCAGCUAGAAAUGGAAGCAAACCAGGUAGAAAAACUCUUUGGACGCUCAUUGCCUAUUAGGAAGCUAAGAUAGAGUUUAGCUAAGAUAAAGUUGUACGGCUUUCAUAUUUUAUUUCCAGUUUGCAGAAGAUAAUUUCUUUCUGGUUGCACUUCUUUUAUUCAUCACUAGUUGUUCAGCUAUAUAUAUUCACAUUCUUUAAAAUUUUUAAUAAAGCUUUAAGAAUUAUGAUUGGUUGGCA